AUGUCUGAGAUAGAUAACAAAGGAUCAAACUAAGAUCCUACUGCAAUGGGAGAAAACAACAAUUAAUAUUAAUAAGAUGUUAUGAACCAUUAAAAUAAUGAGUCUAACCAGAAAGAAAAAUUAAACUAAAAUCACCAUAAAGAAAAGCUCGACAUCAACCUUCACUCAAAUAAUGAUGAAAAGCUUAAGAAGUCCAAUACUAAGUAAAAAGAUAAUAACAGUGAUAAAGGCUCUGAUGAAGAUGACGAAGAUGAAAUUAAAUCUAUCCACUUAAAGGCUCCUGAAGACAAGGGGUGCAUUGGUAAAUUCGGAAUUUCAAAAGAAAAGCUGAUGGCCAUUGCUUAUGCUUGUUAAGAUAGAAAUUUUUCAGAAGAUGUAGAUCUACUUGAAUCAGUAGAAGGAGUUGAAAUGUUAGAAAAACACCUUCAUACUAAUUUUAAAGAUGGAUUAAAUGAUGACCCAUAAGAAUUUCUUGAAAGAAAAGAAGCGUUUGGAGAUAAUUAAAAAGUAGCUAUCCCACUUAAAACAUUUUUUGAACUAUUCAUAGAAGCUCUAGAUGAUUUCACUGUUAAACUCCUGAUUGUAGCAGCAGCUGCAGCUUUAAUUUUAGAAAUGGCUUUAGCAUCACCUGAUGAUAGAUCAAUAGCUUGGAUAGAUGGUUUUGGUAUUUUUGUAGCAGUACUGAUAGUAGGUUUUGUUACAUCUACAAAUAACUACUAAAAAGAAAGACAAUUUGCAAAAUUAAAUUCAGUUUCAGAUGAAUCAAAAAUAGUUACAGUAAUUAGAAAUGGCAAACCCUCAAACAUUCAUAUGUCAUUAGUUUAGGUUGGAGAUGUUGUUGUCCUUAAUGAAGGUAUGGAAAUACCUGCAGAUGGUAUAAUAUUGGAAGCAUCAGAGUUAACAACUGAUGAAUCUGCUAUGACUGGUGAAACAGACCCUAUAAAGAAAUAAGUUUUGAAAGAAUGCAUUUAAAUUAGAAAUCAAAUUAUUAAUAGCGGUGAAAAAAAUACUUCUUCUCGCCAUGAAGUACCUUCAGUAGUUAUAAUGUCUGGAACAAGAGUUUUAUAGGGAGAAGGUAAAAUGGUGGUAGCUGUUGUAGGAGAUUACAGUUGCGCAGGAAAAAUUUCUGCUUUAUUAAGAACUUAAGAACUAGCAGCUACUCCUUUGUAAUAAAAAUUAGAAGCUAUAGCCAGAGAUAUUGGUUACUUUGGUCUCUACUCUGCUAUUCUUAUUUAUGUUGUAUUAGUUAUAAGAUUUGCUAUUGAAGCUGGUAUUUAGGGAAGCGAUUUUGAUCCUAAAAGUUUACUUGAUUUGUUACACUAUUUAAUUCUAGCUAUUACUGUUGUAGCAGUAGCUAUUCCUGAAGGCUUACCUCUCUCUGUCACCAUUUCUUUAGCUUUUUCGGUGAAAAAAAUGCUUAAAGAUUAAAAUUUAGUAAAGUAAUUGUAAGCUUGUGAAACAAUGGGAGGUGCUAAUUGCAUUUGUUCAGAUAAAACAGGAACUUUAACUAAAAAUGAAAUGACAUUAACUGAUUGGUGGAACGAUGAACUUAAAUCCUUUGAAAGAGAAGCUUAAUUCAAUUUAAGAUAGGAUUAAAAUAUGUCUGAAUAUUCAGAGUAGAUUUUUAAAGAGCAAAUUGCUGUUAAUUCUGCUGCCUUACUUCGCCCUUCAUAAAAAGGUUCGAAAACAGAAAUUGCUGCCCUUAAAUUACUAGAAUUAGCUGGAUAUAAUUAUGAAGACAUACGUAAUUAAUUCUAGGCAGAGCAUAAAUUUCCUUUUAACUCUAAAAGAAAAAGAAUGAGUGUAAUUGUCAAAGUAAAAUCAUUGAAUGGAGGUACUACUCGCAGAAUUUAUGUAAAAGGUGCCUCAGAAUUAGUUUUAGCUUCAUGUACAAAGUGGCACAAAAAGUAAGAUGACCAAAUUCUUCCAAUUGAUGAAAAAACUAGAUAAAAAAUGCUAGAAAGCAUCAAGAAUAUGGCUGAUAAAGCUCUAAGAACUUUAGUUUGUGCCUAUAAAGAUAUUCCUGAUAAUGCUGAUAUUACUACUAAAAAUGAGCUAGGAGUAUUUAAUAUUGAAACAACUGACCUUACUUUACAUGCUAUCUUUGGUAUUUAUGAUGUAGUUAGACCAGAAGUUCCUGGUGCAAUUGAAAAAUGUAAAAUUGCAUAGAUUAAAGUUAGAAUGGUUACUGGUGAUAAUAAAGAUACAGCAAGAGCUAUAGCAAAGGAAUGUGGAAUUAUUUCUGCUGCUGAUGAUAGCAAUCCUUAUUCAGUUUUAGAAGGUCCUGAUUUUAUCUAAAAGAUUGGGGGUGUUGUCUGUAAAAAACAUAAAACUCCUACUUGUGAUUGUGCAAGAGAUAAAAAAACUGCAGCAAAGAAUGGAGUAGAUUUAAGAGUUGAUACUAUUUUGAAUGGAGAUGUUUUUGAUAAAAUUGUUCCUAAUUUAAAUGUUCUCUCACGUUCUCGUCCUGAAGAUAAAUAUGCAUUAGUUACUGGUCUUAUUGAAAGAGGUAACGUUGUUGCAGUUACUGGUGAUGGUACCAAUGAUGCACCUGCUUUAAAGAAAGCUGAUAUUGGAUUUGCUAUGGGUAUAGCUGGAACAGAAGUUGCUAAAGAAGCUGCUGAUAUUGUUAUUCUUGAUGAUAACUUUAAAAGUAUUCUUGCAGCAGUGCUUUGGGGGAGAAAUAUUUAUGAAUGUAUCAAAAAAUUCCUUUAAUUCUAACUUACAGUCAAUGUUGUAGCUGUCUCUAUUACUUUGAUUGGUGCAGCUGUUAUAAAGUAGGAAGUUCUAUCUCCCAUUUAAAUGCUUUGGGUUAAUCUAAUCAUGGAUACAUUUGCAUCAUUAGCUUUGGCUACUGAACCUCCCAGUGAAUAUUUACUUAAGAUGAAGCCACAUGAUAGAGAUGAAUAUAUUAUUUCUCGUAAAAUGUUCAAGCACAUCAUCUUUUAGGCCAUAUUUUAACUUAUUAUAAUGCUUAUAUUUAUUUUUGCUGGCCCUGAUUUUAUUCCUGAAUAUAGCGAUGAUUUCGACCAUAGAUUCAUAGGCGAUAAAAAAAAUCCUUACUAUAGCACAGGUGAGUUUUGGAGAACUAAGUACAGUAAUCCUCAAGGUACUAAGGUAGUUUAGGGUAGAUUGAUGGAUAUAAAUGGUGUAGAUAAAAUGUAUAAACCUGUUAUGGAUGAAUAUAAUGUUCCAUCCCGUCAUUUCACUUGUAUUUUUAACGUCUUCGUUAUGAUGCAAGUAUUUAACUUUUUGAAUUCAAGAAAAAUACAUGAUGAAUUUAACAUUUUAUCUGGUAUUGAAAAGAAUCCUCUUUUCUUCUUGAUUAUCUUUAUUAUCUUAUUUUUCCAAGUUAUCUUAAUUACAUUUGCAGGUAUUGCCUUUAAUUGUUAUUCAUAUUAUGGACUUACUGUAUAGCAAUGGUUUAUUUGUAUUGGGUUUGGUGCUUUAGGAAUUAUAGUUUCAUUCAUAGUUAAAUUUAUUCCUGAUACAAUAUUCCCUGAAAUAGGAAAGAAAUAAGUAGAUCCUAUUUAAACUGAAUCUAAAAUAUUAGCUCUCAAAGGUAAUAGAGGCGAAUCAGGUUUAUAACGUAAAUUUUCCUCUUUAAAUGUUGGACAUAAUAAAAAUCAAAAUGGCGGUGGUGGUAGUAUUAAAGUAAACUGA